ACACCUGAGCCCUCACCAUCUAAAGUUUAAGGACACUACAGUCUCUUCCUCUCAUAACCUUCACUGGCUUUCUUUCUUUCUUGGGGUGAAGUUUUGACUUUGAGUUCUUUUCCAAUGGCUGGAAAACUCCUGGCUUUCCUGGUUGUAGCCCGUCUGGCACUUUCUUCAUCGACAGGAGCAGUGAAUACUACAGUGCCACCCACAACUUUUUCAGUAUCAACAAUAGAACAGAACACAACAGUAGGAGUAAAUUCAUCCACAACACCAGGAAAUUCUUCAACAACAGCAUCAAGUUCGGUCAGUCCAUCCACAGAGCUGGUAACCUCUUCUGCACCAACAACCGCCAAGCCAGAUUCUUGUGAUUUAAACCCAUGUGGCCAGGGGAGCACCUGUCAGGAUAGUGUGGGCGAUGCCUUUGUAUGUUUGUGCUUGCCUGGUGAUAACUACAAUUAUGUCAGCAAAAGCUGUGAGACUGCCAAAGUUUUCCCUGGACAACUAGGCGUGCCUGGAAUAAACUAUGAGGAGAAUAUGAAAGACAAGAACUCACCAGAUUUCAAAAACGCAGCACUAACUAUUAUCAAUGAGGUGAACGCUGUUUUCAACGAAACUGCUGAUUACUCUAAUUCUACCGUGGUGGAACUCCUACCUCCACAGAGCAAAGUUGAGUUAAGGUCAGGAGACGGGCUCAUUGCAUCUAUAGAGAUCAUCUUCAAGACAUCUUCUGACAUUACAACAGCAGGGGUUAAAGAAAAGAUAAAAGCUGCCAGUGGCACAAUCAAUGGUGGAUCUUUCAGUGAGACCAACCUCUGCUCUAGGAAAGCCUGUGAUGUGACAACUACAAACUGCACACCAACAGAGGGAUCUUUUAAAUGUGCCUGUUUGGACGACUACAUCAAGACCGACUACAGUGACAGAGUGUGCGUUGCUUGUCCCAGUGGGCAAAAGGCAAAGAAUUCUGUUGAAUGCGUCCCCUGCUCAUUUGGUUAUUCUGGCUUGAACUGCAGUGAAUCAUGGCAGCUGGUGCUGGUAAUCGUUGGCUCUGUGCUCGGGGGGCUGCUCCUCAUCGCUCUCAUCCUUCUACCUGUAGUGGCACUCAGACCUUCAAAGAAGAGCUCCAAGAAGAAUGCAAAUGCAGACAUCGGGAAGCCUUAUGUCAGUCACUCUCCUGCCAAGGCACCAUUGGUGAACAGUAACAGCAACUUUGGCAACAGCCAGGCACCCUCAGUUAAUGGGUCGGCCUAUGGCGGUGCCGCAGUGCCUAGAAUCCCAAGGGCCACAACCACCAACCCCUGGGACAACAGGACCAACCUGGAGAUGACUCCAAGCAACAGCCGGCAAAACCUGAUCCCUGGGGGCAGGAACAUGCGGCCACAUGACGACCAAGAUGACAUGAACCCAUACUCUCAACCUCGACCUCAGAGCAACCUCUAUCCUCAGUCACGACCCCAGAACAACCCAUAUGCCCAGAAUCGAGCUCAGAUCAACCCAUAUGCUCAGAGCCAGGGCCAGUCCAAUCCUUACUUCACAAACGAUGAUGGAAGACGGUUCAACUAAUGAGAAAACACUACAGUCUAUCCCACAGUGACAUUUACCUAGAGCAAAAACUUGUUGAAGUUUUGUUGGAAAUUUUUCAGAAUCACACCCCCCCAACCCCCCACCCCACCCCAAAAAAAGGCAAUGUACACCAUUUUGAUCCCAUUAGUGUAUGGUAAGAGUUGCAUAAACAAAAGCACAAUGGUUGCAUAAACACUAUGCAAUGGCUGGGGAAAUGUGCAUUGAUGAAUAUUAUUGUACAGUGGGGCAGUCUUUCAUGUCCUUUCAUGACAUUGAUCUGUAUAGUGUGAACUCUAUUCUGCCUAAUUAUAAGUGGUCAUAAAUUAUUUCUGUCUUUGCGUCAUUAAUCUUUGUGAAUGUUUGGGAUAUGUCGAUACAAUGUGGGUCUUUUCAAACAUUUCUCAACAUUUUUUUUAUUGUCAAUCACUUAAAGCAUUACUUACUCAACAAUAUCUAAUUAUUAAAUGGAGUUGAAACUAAAAAUUGAGGAGGAGCUGCUUUAUAUCCUUCUCAUCUAUGAAUUGUUCUGCAUGUAAAAUAUUUGAGGUUUGUGACAAGACUAGUUUAUGUCUAUGUCUAUUUUUCUGUGAAUGAGGUGAGUUCAUUUUGUUCUAAUAAAACUUAAUGAGUUCUUAUCCACAAUCAGGGCCUGUUGGGUCCCUCUGCAUAUUUUUGGGGUAAUUUGUGUGAAAUGUUUACUGUAUUGAAAUUGUUUUAUGUUGUAAAACUGAGAGUAUAUUUUGUUUAUGUUUAACCUCUUUCGUGGCUGAUUGAUACCAAGCUGUUAUUCAGCAUGAAUGAAAUAGCAAUAUUUUGAAACAUUUUAUCAGGUACUGUGCUAGUUUUGCUUUGUCACUCAUAAUAUCAUAAGAUAUUUUAUUUCUUUUCAAAAUAAAAUUAAUUGAACCCUA